CUCUCUUCUCACACCCCCGCGCCCGAAGUUCCCCAAAAUGCCGCAGCCGCCGCCGACCUCGUUCUCGCCUUCAACCGCAUCAUCCCCGUCCCCGCGCCAGAUCGCCGCCCUCGUGCUUAACCACCCGUCGUCCAACCUCACCACCGCAUCGGCUCGCUCCCUCUCGGCGUCCCUCCUCGCCGUCGCCCCGGCGCUCCCGACGCCGGUGGCCAACCGCGUCCUCAAGCUCCUCUGGCACCACGCGCCGCGCGCGCUCCUCUUCUUCCACUCGCUCCUCCACCUCCCCGCCCGCGCGCACGCCGUCUCCCCCUGCACCAUCGACCUCGCGCUCGACCUCUCCGCGCGCCUCCGCCACCCCCGCCAGCUCACCAACUCCAUCCUCGCGCUCUUCCCGCGCCUCCGCCUGCCCUUCACCCCGCGCACUUUUCCCAUCCUCUUCGAGCGCUUCGCCGCGUCGCAGCGCCGACCCGACAUCGCCGUCCGCCUCUUCCUCUCGCUCCACCGCUCCCACCGCGUCGUGCAGGACCUCCCCCUCUUCAACUCCCUCCUCGACGCGCUCGGGAAGUCGCGCCAUGCCAGCAAGGCCGCCUCCCUCGUCCGCGCUCUCGAGCGGCGCUUCCCCCCGGACGUCGUCACGUACAACACUCUCGCCGACGGAUGGUGCCGCGCCAAGGACACGUCCCGCGCGCUCGACUUGCUGCGGCAGAUGGCCGAGUCCGGCGUCACACCCACGAAGACAACCUAUAAUAUCAUCCUCAAAGGCUUCUUCCGUGCUGGGCAGAUACAGCACGCGUGGAACUUCUUCCUCCAAAUGAAGAAGAGGGGGGCCAAGGACGAGAGCUGUAAGCCGGACAUCGUAUCGUACACUACCAUCAUUCAUGGGCUGGGUGUUGCUGGGCAGCUAGACAAAGCUCGCAAACUGUUCGAUGAAAUGUCUAAAGAAGGUUGCACGCCGUCAGUGGCAACUUACAAUGCGCUUAUCCAGGUGAUAUGUAAGAAGGGAAAUGUGGAGGAUGCAGUCACAGUGUUUGAUGAUAUGGUUCGGAAGGAUUAUAUGCCAAAUGUGGUUACCUAUACGGUCUUGAUCCGAGGCCUCUGCCAUGUUGGGAAAAUUGACCGAGCUAUGAAGCUAAUGGAGAGAAUGAAAGGCGAAGGCUGUGAGCCAGUUGUUCAGACAUACAAUGUUCUUAUAAGAUAUUCAUUUGAGGAAGGGGAGAUCGAGAAGGCCUUGUGUUUGUUUGAGAGGAUGAGUAAAGGAGAGGACUGCCUGCCUAACCAAGAUACAUACAAUAUCAUAAUAAGUGCAAUGUUUGUGCGCAAGAGGGCUGAGGACAUGGCAACGGCGGCGAGGAUGGUGAUGGAGAUGGUGGAGAGAGGUUACUUGCCUAGAAGGUUCAUGCUCAACCGUGUUCUGAAUGGGUUGAUGUUGACAGGGAAUCAGCAGAUUUCUAGAGAUCUAUUGAGAAUGCAAGAGAAAUAUAGACGCUUGCGACGAGAAAUAAGAUUAUGAUUGCCAUUGAGUUCUGCGAUGGCAUAGUGCAUCUUGAGGCUUGGAUACAGAAGUUCGGUGCAACCCUCGUGCGUAGCAGUUCAUACUUGAUACUCCUCUGGUGGUGUUAUGAUCAGUCUGAUAUCUCAGGGACACUUGAUUGUUGGGUUUGAGGGUGUUGGAUAUCUAGCGAAACAGUGUUUUCUUUGACUGACCUGACUGUGUGAGCGCGCAUACUGCCCGAUGCCAAGAAGGUAGGUUAUCUGUUGUUCAAGAUAAACAUACUUCUUUAGGCGUUUUCUCCAUAGUUUUAGUGUCGGGCUUUCACACAUAUGUGUGCUGAUUCAUUCUAGCUGUUGCAAGCAAUAAAUUCCUUUCUGAAACUAGUUUGAUGGCUAGCCUCAUGUAGUUGUGUGUACUACAAUUCUGGCUGUAAGAAGUGACAAACAGUAUUGAUUUGUGACUCUUAUCAUAUUCUUUAGACUAAGUCAGAAGCAACCAUAUCUUGGACAGAUAAA